AUGCGGUGGAAAGAGGUGAAGCCAUCUGAGAUGUGCAACUAUUUGAGCAUUGUGCUGUAUCUCGGCCUGGUCAAGGUGACCGCUGCAAGGGACUUGUGGAAGAAAGAAAACUUUUUCAAGUUUCCCUAUCCUCACAGUGUCAUGAAAGGCUACAGGUAUGAGGCCAUCACAGCAAAUUUACACAUGAGUGACCCAGCUGCUGAUGUGGUAAAUGACCAGCUCCGUGGUCAGCCUGGGUAUGAUGGCCUUUUCCGCCUGAAGCCUCUUCAUGAUGACAUCCUCACGGCCUGCAGGACACACUACCACCCACACAAGAACCUGUCAGUGGAUGAGCGCAUGGUAGCCACAAAGGCAAGGAACGGGAUGAAACAGUACAUGAAGGACAAGCCCACCAAGUGGGGCUACAAGCUGUUUGUCCUGGCUGACAGCCAGAGUGGUUACACGUGUGACUUCACCAUUUACGAGGGAAAGGCGCCGUCUCCGAGUGGCAAUGGACUAACUUUUGACGCAGUUGUCAACCUGCUCAAGGUGCCCUAUCUUGGCACGGGGUUCCAUGUUUAUGUAGACAACUUCUACACCAGCACCAAGCUUUUCAGCCAUCUACACCAGGUGCGCUUUGGGGCCUGUGGGACCAUCCGGGAGAACUGUGUGGGGUUUCCACGGACAACAGACAAUGCGCUGGGCAAGAAGGCUGCCAGAGGGGACAUGCGCUGGAUACGCGAGGGCUCCUUGCUUUAUGUAAAGUGGAAGGACACACGUGACGUUACCAUGUGUUCCACAAUACACAAAGCGAACAGUGGGCAGAGUGUGCAGCGCCGUGUCCGCAACCCCGAUGGUACCUGGUCCAGGAGGGAGUUUCCUGUGCCUGAUGCAGUCAAGCAGUACAACAAGAGCAUGGGGGGGGUGGACCUCUCUGAUGCUCUCAUCAAAUAUUUCUCUGUUACCAGGAAAACAAGCCGCUGGUACCUGAAGUUCUUUCUACACUUUGUAGAUAAUGCGGUGGUGAACAGUUUCCUCAUCCACAAGGAGAUGGCAGAGAUGAAGAACCAGAAACCCCUCACCCAGAAGAAAUUCAGGAUUGCACUGUGUGAGCAGCUGGGUAAAGUUGGGAAGGAGCUGGCAUCCAACGAGGCAUCCACGGACCACGUCCCAUUGGAAGCCUGCGGACUCUCCAAUGAUCCACACCUGAAAGCCACCAAGGGGAGGAGGAAGUGCCGAAUCUGCAAGUCAUCCACUAUAUGGCUAUGUGAGGCUUGUGACGUGCCCCUGUGCAUUAUCCCAGGGCGGUGUUGCUUCAGAUUUUGGCACAAGCGUGUCUGA